AUGAAUGCCCUCUUGGUUCCGUUCCUAAGUUACAGGUGCUAAAUCCAGGAAUAUUUGCCAGUAGCGGUGGCAGCAUCGUCACGUUCAGUUGCUUAGCGUUCUUAUUCAACUCCGUUUUCGUUUCAUACCUGCCGUUACUAUGGCCGAUCUCGACGAUUUCUUCGCUAAAAAGGAUAGGAAAAAGUCAAAAACGAAGAAAUUUGCCACGACCGAUGAAGUAGCUAAAAAGCUGGAAGAUACAAAGAAAAUUGAGAAACCAGCGAAAAAAGAAAGACCCCCCGAAGGUGAAGAAGGCGUCGAUCCCGUUCCGGAACAAGAUGAAUGGAAGGAAUUUGAGGAAGAAAAAAAAGAUUACACUGGUUUAAAAAUCGGAAAUCUCACUAUCAAUUCGAACGGUGAUGGUACAAUCGAUUGCGGUGAGAACAACGGUGAACAACAACAACGUUACGAUGAAUCCGGUAACGAAGUCGAGAAGAAGGUCGGCCCGUGGAAACGAAUUGAAGUCGUUCCGGUUGAGGUACAACCUGAGAAAGAGGUUAGAAAAGCUCCAGAACCACCAGCAGCUGUUAGUACUAGCGCCUAUGUACCCCCUAGCUUAAGAAAUGUUCAACAACCACAGCCGUUACAUCAAGUCCGUGGCAGAAGUAAGGCUGCUCCUGAUAUUCAUAAUGAAGAGCAAUUUCCUACCUUUGCUGGAUCAAAAUCUGAUAAAAGAGGUCGUAAUGAAGGUUCAUUUGAGGUAGUUUCUCAUAAUAAAGCGAGUUCCUACAGACAUGUAGAGCAAACAAAGUUAGCGAGCAGUCAAGGUCCUCGAUUGGCGCUUGGUAAUCGUUACAACACCCUUAGCGAUAGCUAGUGACCUAAGUGUACAUAGACGUAACAACCAACUACUAUGAUUAAAUCGACAUCAGCUAGUGGCCAUAACAACAACAGGACAGAAUAUCUUAAGCAAAUUUUUCUUCCAUCAUUGAAGAACUAAACAUACACACGUAUAUAUACGUGGGUAUGUGUAUAUACAUGUGUGCAUAUACCUUAUACACGUGAAUAUACGUAUAUGUGCAUAACAAAAACAAAAAAAAAAUGUGUGUAUGAAAUAAAUUUAAAAAAGAAAAAUUAAAUGAUUAAAAAAGACCAUGUGAAAUUGGUAAACAUUGUAAAAUUAUUGUUUUUUUAAUGUAAUUAUUUCUUGAUUUAUUUAGUACGCUUGAUGAUGAUUGGUUUUUACGAAUUAUUAUUACUAUUUUUUAUUUUUAACAUCUUAUAAUAGUGAGGUGAUGUGUACCUAUAAAAUAACAUUUAUUCGAUCGAUUUUGUUUAAGGUUUAUUACUUUUUUGCUCAGAAAGUGUCAAAGCGGCAGUGUUAAAAUAAUAAUUAUUGAAACAUUUGUUACUUAUACUUUACUAUGUAUUUUGUGUUUUUUUUUUGAGAGAAAAGUAAUGUAAUUUAUAUCAGAA